AUGCUGGCCCUCGCCACACUUGGCAACACAGCCGCUCUCACCAAAAGAGUUCAAGCCGCCAAUGGCAACAACGACUUGACUUCGGUUGGCAAGUACUACGGCUGCUAUACUGAUAACGUUGGCAGUCGACAGCUGGCUCGAGCUACUUAUGCCGACUAUAAGCAGAUGACACAGAAUGCGUGUAUCAAAUUUUGCAAAGACAACGGCUUCCCCUUUGCUGGUCUCGAGUUUGCCUCCGAGUGUUGGUGCGAUUACAGCUUGGGGUCAAUUGCUACCAAGAAGGACGAUUCGGAAUGCAGUUAUACCUGCACCGGCAACAAGAAUCAGGUCUGUGGUGGCUACGACAGGCUUUCAGUUUUCCAGACAACCGUUACAUCUACAGCUCCAAGCGUCAACCCCGGCCCAACUGGGUGGACUUCUCUUGGUUGCUACAACGACAACAUCCCAGGACGCGUUCUUGCAUACCGCUAUGGAGUGGUUGGCGGGGAUGGUGCUAUGUCUGUACAGCUGUGCGCCAACGCCUGCAAGGCCGCUGGCUUCGCCUACGCUGGAGUUGAAUAUUCUUCAGAGUGCUACUGUGAUAACAACAUCCUAAGCGGAGCUCAGUCUGGACAAUCUGGUUGCAACAUGCUUUGUUCUGGCAAUAGCACAGAAUACUGUGGUGGCUCAAACAGAAUCAGCGUCUACCAGUCGACUGCUAAGGGAAAGACUGCUGGUGAGAUUCCGUCUGGAUGGACUGCGCAAGGCUGUCUAAAGGACAAUGUCCUUGGCCGGGCUCUUACUGUGGCAAUGGCCAUUACUGGUGGCCCCGCAUCUAUGACCGCCGAGGGCUGUGUUGACGCCUGUUCAUCCGCUGGCUAUAAGAUUGCUGGCGUUGAGUAUUCUCAGGAGUGCUGGUGUGGCAACACUAUCCAGAACGGAGGCGUGCCUACUCUCCCCAGUGAUGGUUGCAAUAUGCCCUGCAGGGGUAACACCCUGGAGACCUGCGGUGGUUCCAAUCGUCUCAACGUCUAUGCGAACUACCCACUGAACUUGGUCAUUCCCUCAAGCUCUACUUCCAGCUCUGUCUCGACAACCUCCGCAACCACCUUGUCAUCAACGACAAGAAGCUCGUCUUCGUCAUCUUCUGCCAUCUCAACCACUUCUUCAUCGACCCAAACAACACUCAGUUCGUCUUCGACCUCUUCUUCUGCAUCUAGCACACGAAGCAUUACCUCAUCCAGCGUCUCAUCCAGCUCUUCCUCUAGCACCAGUACUACUUCUCCAUCUACGACUUCUAGCACAACUAGCAGUUCGUCCUCAACCUCUUCUUCCACAUCAAGCACGCGAAGCACUACCUCAUCCAGCGUCUCGUCCAGCUCGUCGUCAAGUACCAGCACCAGCUCUUCUACUUCCUCUUCUUCGUCAAGCAUUAGUACCAGCUCUUCAUCCACCGUCGCAGCUACGUCUACCUCAGCAAGCCCAGCAUGCGCUUCCCCUAGCCCUACCAGUGAGUUCCCCCGAUGUACACCAUAUGCUACAAAGCUAACUCUUGAUAAGUUGCCGGUGGUCCUUAUCUCAAAAAUACCGGAUGGAACAACAACACCGAUGGCUGGUUGA